AUGGUCAAAUUCAACUUCAGCGUGCCGUUCGGCAGCUUGUUCAAGUACAAGCCCCAGAAGUUCAACUUUGCCCUCGAGCAGGAUAUCAGGUCCAAGUUGGACUCGUUGCCCUCUGUGACCAAGAUAUACAGUAACCCAGACGGAACGCCCCGUGUUCCUAGCGACAGCGAGUUUAAGACGAUUGCAGAUUUGCAGAACUUGUACUACCAGCGGAACUACUCUGAGUGGAACUUUAUUCUUCCUGGGAUCCCUAAGGAACAGUUAGAGUUGUUCAAGGACAACACCCAGGACUUGAAGAACUUCCAGUUUGUCACCAAGGACGCAGGUAAAAUCAUCGACAAGAUUCCAUACAAGGACGAGACUACUGGUGAACUAAAAUGGAGAAUUGUGCGUGAAACCGAGAAAGCUGAGGGCUGGGAAGUGCCUUACUUCUACAUCAUCUUGCCUGCUUUCAUAUACCUCUUAUACUCCAAGUACACGGCACAGCAGAAGAAGAGAGAGCAGGAUGGACCUGAGUGGGCCGAGAAGGAGUUGCGUUUGAGAGCCAUGGAGGACUACUUCCACGGCGACACCGAAAAGGCCAAGGAGUUCUUGUCCAACGAGGGCAAGUCUGCUAGAGAAGUUAGAGACAGAGACGACUUGGUGGUGGCCAGAAUCUUGGCCGGUGACUACGACCGUUUGUCUGAAUUGAAGAAGAAGUUGCCAAAGGACUUGGUUCCAAAGGUAGAGAAGGAUGAGAAGGUGAGCAUCUGA